GGUUAAAACAGGAAACAAAAGCUGCCCAACCAUUCCUAGCUGACAAACGUGUGUACUCGAAAGUGAGUCCCUCUCUUCAGUUGUCUGUAAGGUGCUUGAUUCCUCUUCAGAAGCUAAGGCCCAGUUUGGGUGAACCCUCACUUUAUCCAGUGAUGAGCACCACUACAAACAAGUCUCUCCUCAUCCUUCUCCUGAAAUGACCAUCUCUGAGCUCCCUUGCAUCUACUCUGCCCUCAUCCUUCACAACGAUGAGGUUGUGGUCACAGAAGAUAAAAUCAAUGCCCUCAUUAAAGCAGCAGGUGUAAAUGUUGAACCAUUCUGGCCUGGAUUAUUUGCAAAGGCCCAGUCCAGUGUCAACACUUCAAGUCGCAUCUGCAAUGUAGGAGUUGGUGGACCUGCCCCAGCAGUCACUGGUGCUGCCCCUACUGGAGGGGCAGCUCCUGCUAGCAUAGCUGCCCCAGCUGAGGAGAAGAAAGAGGAAGCAAAAAAAGAAGAAUCCGAGGAGUUCGAUGAUGCUAUGGGCUUUGGUCUGUUUAACUAA